UUGGGCAGUCAGCUGGCUUCGCCGUCUCCGAUGCGCGAGCGGUCAUAACUUGAUCGAAAAUGAUCGCUAACACGCCCGAAAAAGGGAAUAGUUGAUGAUGAUAUCGACAGCUUAUUCGUCAGGACUUCCUUUACGUGGACAAGUUCCAAAUUUGUGUGAUGCCGUGGAAGAGUCCAGCGAACAAUGAAACCCCUGAAUUGCUCAGAGUUACUGGAAAAGGGUUACACACCGACUCCAUCAGAGGCUUAUGCAGUGCUGGGCAACUGGGGCCUGUUUCUGGCGACGGUGGAGAGCCUGAUGGUGAUGACGACGGUGGCGGUGUUCGUGCACGAGUGCCUCUACCUGAGCGCCUGCUGGCCCACCCGGCCCCUGGUCUACAGCUCCCUGGCCCUGUCCGUGUUUCCGGUAACCUCGGUCUGUGCCUUAGUGGCUACCGUGUUCCCUAGGGUCCACGACGCCACAUCUUCUAUUAUCAUGCUGUACCUUCCAUUUUCGCUGGUGAUGUACUUUGAGCUGAUUGGCUGCUACGCCGGGGGCUCGGAGCAGCUUGUGCAGCGGCUCAUCAACGAGGAGAUGCCGCUGCGGGGACCGCCCAUCUGCUGCAUCCUCUGGUGCUGCCCCUCGCCCUCCUUCUCCAAACGGAGGUAUCGAGUGCUCCGGGUGGUGGUGUAUCAGCUGUUCUUCAUUCCCCUCAUACUGGUCACCAUCAUCUUCAUCUGUACACUCACCGGAAUUCACGAAGGGGACAAGAUGGAGGCGACGAAUGCGUCGCCGUACCUGAUGCUGCUGCAGGCGGGCUCGUUCCUGCUGGGCACGUACGGCUUUGUGAUCUUUGUGAAGCUGGCCUCGCGGCCGCUGCCCCAGCAGCUGCUGCUGCGGCGCAAGUUCACCCUGCUCCACCUGCACUUCACCCUGACCCGGCUGCAACUGGUGGCCUUCAAGGCCGCCGGGCUCACGGGCGUGCUGCCCUGCGUGCCCCCCGUGGCCUCCGUCGUCACGGGCGUCUACCUCAGCAGUGCCAUGCUGAUGGGCCAAGGGUUCAUGGUGUCAACGGUGUCGCGCUACUUCUUCCUGCACCCGCAGCCUGGCACCACCGCCACCAACACACUACCACACGGCGCGGUGCAGGUCAACUCCACGACUCGGCUGCAGCCGGCGUCGACCGUGGCUACGGCCACGGCUUGCGGCGACGGCCGGCCAAGAUCGUCUGCUGCCUCGCUGCCUCGACCGCAGGCCAAUGCACACCAGGCCGCUAGCCGAUACCUGGCUGCAUUCGCAUACUGACCUCCCCGCUUGGCCGACGGUUCGUUCCAAGCCAAGCCAAGUCGCUUGACUUGGGCCCUCGGAUUGGGAGAGAGUGGUGAUGUGAACGGUGGUCUUAUUUAUUUAUUUAUUUAUUUGAAAUGCUGCAAACCUUUCGGCUCACGCAGGUAGGGUAAGAAACAGAAUAGCUUGUGCCACACUGAAAGAUAUAAUUAUAUUAACUGGCUACACUAAAGCCUUGAUAGAACUUUACAAUAGUGAAGGUUUCCUGAUAACAAACUUUUCAUAAAUAUCCCCCACUUAAUUUUUAUACUACUGCAAAGGCCCAUUAUAAUAAAAUCUCACUAAAAUAAAGUUUCACUAUAAUUCACUUUAUAAUAAGGUUUAAUUAUAAUUAACAUUCAAUAUAACGAAGUUUCAUUAUAUUUUAACAUAAUUAAGUUUCACUAUAAUGAAUCUUCACUAUAACAAAGUUUCGCUCGCAACUGAAUUUAUAUCGGCCAUCGCUAUUUCAUUGAGAGAGGCUCUACUGAAUGACAAGGGUCAAAGUUCAAAAAUUGUUUCACACACGUGCCACCAAUUAAACCUGCAUUUCGAAUGCACAAAAAAAUUGUCAAGUGCACCUUUGUUCCAUUUCUAUGCGUUCAUUUUUUGUCAAAGCAGUUGUACCACAUAAAUUUGAUCGCAAGGAACUGUUCACAUUGAGGCAUUCCCUUUUGCCAACCGACCGCCAUUCACGACACCACUCUUUCGCCGGUGCUGGAGGGCUCGUUCCUUGGACCCAAACUCCUUGCGGAGUCCACUACAUGGUACUCUCCGGUGGUGCAAACGCUCAUUUGCCUCUAACUACACUCGGCGGCAAGUUUCACAUGCCACGCCCAGGCUAGCGUGAUUUCUGCUGUGCUCUUUCGCUGUCGAAGCUACUUGUGCAAGCGUGCGGCUCUUUUGCAUCUUCUUUGCACGGGAACGUUUGCAAACGGAGUACAAGACAAAGCCACGUGCUCUCAAAGCAGUGCGGGGGGCCGCAGAGCAGUGUAGAAGCCACGCUGGCCUCGACAAUGUGGCAUGGGCAAGUCGACGCCGGGCGUGGCGGGACGCGUGGGACUUCUUUCUGGUAAAUUAUCGCGGGCGGUUUUUCUGGGCUUCCGACAGGCGGUGGUUUCCGCCGGAUGAGUUUCGCUUUUCCCGGCGUGGAAACCGUUUCUUGUAUCUUCAAACCUCCGGCUGCGACUGUGCCUUUUUGUGAAGCGUUGAAGGUCUUUCGUUUCGUUUGUUUCUUUCAUGGCUCUUUCUGCUUUCCCAUGCGACUCCGACAUUCCGCCGGCUUUUGUAUUCUUUCGCGACGCCCACGCCCCAUUCCUUGCUGUCUUUCCGCGACGGCUGCAAACGUGCUGGCAACAGCGGCGAUUUUUUGGCUGGUUGCAGACGACUCAAAUCGUGCCAGGUGCUGCGGCGUUUCGUUUGGUUUUGCUUUCAAGCUGCUUCCAGCGUCCUGUUUUCCCGUGUCCAAAAUUUUCUUGUCGAUUGCACGUCCAAGCAAAGCAUAGAGAAGAGGGGCCAAAAUGGAAGUUUGUACAGAGAACACCCUUUUUUUCGACGAUUCGGCGUCUCAUCGCUGACUCGUCUUGGGAAAACGGGGUCUAGCUUCUGAUUGGUCCGCUUCAAAACCAGCUACACGCGAUCAAAUGGAGCAACAGCAGAGGUCGAUCUAGGUAGCUUAGACUCGCUGUAGGUACACCAGGUCACAACCAGCAAAAGGUUGUGGCAUUGCCAAAAAAAAAAAAAGAUGCUGCUGGAGUUUUUAUUGCGGGGUUUAUUGCCAGUCCAGCCAUUCAUCGUCACGUGAGGAUGUCCCGUAGCCCAGUCGACGGUCUAAAGCUUUUAGCCCGCUAGUUAGGUUAGUUAGCGACGAAUUAGCAGAACAAAGCUUAGCAAGGGUGUCGUUUUGCAGUGAAGUCUGUUGCGGUGCUUCGCAUACAUGCUCGUUAUUUGUUGAGAAGUCGCUUUCGAUUCUUUUGCGUUCGCGCGGGUGUUUUGUAGCUGGCCGCUCCGCGGCGUUCGAACGUGGUACGAGUCUGUGAAUAGCGUGCACAUUUGUAACAUGAACAUGCACAUUUGUAAAGCAUGGAACAAACGCCGCUUCAGCGGCGGCUGCACGUCGAACACGCCGUUCCUUCGUAGACCUGCACUCCCCGCAAGCCGUUCUCUGCACGCGACGUAACUCCAAGCACAUCGACUCGGCGCACAAUACGCCGAGAAUCUGCGAGACCUUUGGUAAGAAUGUACUACUGUACCCCUCUGUCUAAUGCGAAAAACAAAAACCUGACACGCUUUUCCGAGCUUCGAAUGGAUGCUUCCCGCAGAGCUGUACCUCGAAAUUGGAGAGGAUGUUUUGUCCGUUCAUUGAGGAAAUGAGUCCUCGCGGUUCCUUUCAUUGGAUUUUGUAAGGCUGACACUGCGGCUGCUUUGCAUCUCUUUCGGCUGCAGCAUUUAAAGCAGUCUUCGGAGGACGGACUAAUCUUAAUGCCGCCUUGCCCGACAGAAGAGCUCGCCCAAAGAGUCGUCGCAGAUUCUCGGCCUUUGCGUUUCAAUCCUCGAGAACUCGUCAAUGCACAAUCGAGUUGAUCCUCCUGCGACCUCUAAACUUCGUCUUUGUAGAACAAUCAGUCGGCCUCGGGCCAGUCCUUGCUCCUCGCCACACAGCUAUUUAUUCCUCCCGCCACUUACGGGAGGAUGGUCUUUGAGGACGAUUUCGACUAUUUUUAGAAUGUAGACGUCCAGAAAUCUAGACACUCGUUCCAUCUCUGAGCUCGUCUGUUCCCACUUCGUCUUUAUUUGACUCUGCCAAGGAGAAAAUAGACAAAGCCCGCCCUGUUGUCUGCCAUGACUCAUUCAAACUAACCUCGGAAGUUUAAACUUUCUCAGCAUUUUCGGUUAACGCUUUAAUAGGGCUACCUUAAUACGGCGGCGGCAUAAUGUUCUUCUCACGUCCAACACGUGAGUGUGCCACGCCAAAGAACUCGUAGAGGUCAAACGUACCAGGCAUGUAAGUUGAUUGUACAGUCUAAAAGUGUGGCGGUGGCUGUUGGUGUUAAACAAUCCUUGUUCGCAAGAGAUGGAAUCUUUCUAGUAUCAAGGGUUCCUUCAAAAUCUAUUCUCAGACUCCUGAGCUUUUAACAAAUUUGUAUAGAGAGAUCAAACUGUAUAUCUUCAGUCCUAGAUAAUCAUCAUACAAAGAACUUCUCAAAAGGGCGUCUUUGGUGCGAAAUCUUGCAACCAAACUCCCAGAGGGCCACGAAAAUUUUCUCUCUGCAAAGACGAGGCAUGGUUCUUUCAUUCCUGACCCUAAUUGCGCGUGUUCCGAAGUAGAAUGCAAGGGUGUGCCGACGUAAUGCCAGCAUGUGCCGACAUGGUACCAACGUUGCACAUAUUGUGGCUCGAGUUCUGGACGAUGCAAGGGACGUCUGGCUUCGCAAGGUCGAAACCUUUCUACGAGUUUGUCUUUUAAAACUCAGCCAGACCUCUCGCGUGUUUCUGCAUCAGGUGAAGGAAGAAAAUUGUUCAUGACUCCGCUGUUCCCACUGUGGAGUUUGCUCACAAAGUGGCACGUUUUCGGGUUCUCAUAGGCCACACAACCCCGGAAUUCCUCAUACAAAAAGCACUUGCGCACGACUGUUCGGACGAGAGAUGUCUUGGCCACGCACGAAUGGGCGCCAGAUUAGUAUCCAGGUUAUUUGGGUCAUCUUUCCACGCCACCUGUUUUUAAGGUUCGGAGGCACAAUCUUACAAAUGCAAUAGACUCAUUAUUUCAGACUCCAGGAAACCGCAAAUUUUGUAUGAAGUAUCAGGAAUUCAUCUACAUAGGAUGCAAAAUAAAAUUAUGCUUUGCCAUAUGAAUGGCUACACAUACACAGCAGAUAUUUGAUGAUUUCCUCUACAUAGGCCUACUGAUCGUAAGCAGGUAUGCCACACAUGAAACAUUUGUGAAAUGUUUUGUGUAAGUUCAUUUAUCCCUCAAAAAUGCUGUUUAUCGUGUACUCUUUAGACAGCACAUGCCAACUCAAAACAAAAUUAAGUUUGUUCAUCGGGCCGAGAAGUUGUCUAAUAGAAACUAUUAAGCACGGGACACGUGAGCGAUGAACACGGGCACCGUGUGGCAGUUUUCAUAGCAAUUUUAAGAACAAAGGCAAGCGGCCACAUUUGUGUUGUACGAGAAACACUCGGAGUAGAGCCCCUCAAUCAGCUACGGUCAGAGUAUUGACACUCCCCGAUUAUCUCGCGUGUGCCACCAUUUUGUUGCGUAGUGUAGAGCGAGCACAAUUGCCAACGGGGUCUUGGCCCCGCCAAGGUACUUGCGUCGAGAAUCUCGGGCAACACCCUUUUGCUCCAUUGCAGACUUUCUCAACAUUUGUGGUGACUGGAAAAGCCUCUCCCGUGAUUUCAGAAAGGCCUCGGGAAACUGGCAACAACCGUGAGGACGUUUCUCAAGCUUUCUUUCGAGGAAUUGUGCCCGUAGAGAGAGCGUGUGCAGGCGUAGAAACGCGAAAGCCCGGGCGGUGCAGCCUAUGAGCCGGAAAAUGUGGUACAGCCACCUUUUUCCCCUCUGCACCUCACGUGUGUCUUUUUCCUGCCUUCCAUUGUUUCCCACAUGUCUUUCCUCUCAAAGUUCCCACAACAAUAUUUUCGAGGGAGCCGCGUUCAAGACGGCGGCUCCGCGAUUGACGCAAACCGAGGCGGGGAUCGUCUCUUGUUUGGGCCAGCAGCAUUGGCCGGCGGUCGAUGCCCAUCGGUGUUUGGCGAGUUAUUGACGCCGUUUAAAAAAGUUGGUUAGUUUGGCGAAAUUUCAACAGUCACCGAGUUGCCUCAAAAUUGAUUCGAUGCAUUAGUAGCCACAUCUGAACUAGUAACCCAAAUUGCAAGCCGGAAUAAUAUUUUUUAGAUACUUUAUUUGGGGAAAAAUAUUUUAGUUACAGAAAUGCCACUUUCAGACAGGAUCUCUUAGGAGUUCUACAAACUGAUAAGAGUAUACUUUUUAAAAAACAACUCUUUAAAUGAAAAAAAAAAAUCCCAAAGAAAAAAAAAUGAAAACAUUUGUUUUUUUUUCAAAUUCUUUUUUUCUCGGUUUAUAAGUGGCAGACACCAUAUUUCUAAUUACUACAGUCGAAAAGCGCACAUUUAUAUAGUUACAUCGAUUCAAGGCUUCAGGCUUGGGCUGUUUACAGGCACAUUUUGAAAAGCUUUUCCUGUUCCCUGAGAACUUGUUUUUUUGUGAUCAGUGAAACUAAUAUCUCUAGAAAACGAAACUUUCUAGUUGGCAGACUUGAAUUACUAAUUUUUUAGAAUGGCGCUAAAAUCAUAAGAAUGGUUUUGUUGCAGUCCCUACCGUGUUAAGGGAGGCAUUGUAGAAAAGUUGGGCAAAAACAUCUGAUAGAGUCGAGAUUUUCUCAAAAACUAUAAUAGAUAGGAAAACAGUGAGCUUACAUUUAUGCUUAGCACAAUAAACUAUACUCGGCGUGAGAAUUUAAUAUAAAUUAGAUGAGAGACGACAGAGAAAUGAUCAAGACCAAGGUCUCCCCUUAAGACGGGGAUGAACUGAGCUAGUUUGUUAUACAUUGGGAAGAACCAGCUGAACAUACAGUUACAGGAACAUUCAUACAGAUGAGAAGAGACAGAAAAAUGUGUGAACAACCACUGGGCUACCAACUUUUUUAUUGAUAAACAACUUUCUCAACUAGUUUUUUUUCCUUGUUUUUGUUUUACAACUUUGCCUCCUUCUUGUAUUUAUAAUUAUUAAAAGGGCUGUAGCCUUGCAGGAAUAUUUUCUUUCUGUCAUAAAGCAAAACUGAUGGGUAACUAAUGCAAUUUUCUUUCUUCUCCUCUGUGGUCAGGGCCUCCAACAUCUCUUGCGCGAGCUUGUUUCUGUGGUGUCCUAGGGGGUGACUUGAUUGAGCUUGGCCUUGCACUUGCAUUCACGACAGUAAGCGGCUAAGUGUCCUGUCGUUGUCAAGUCAAAAAGACAAAAGUCGGUCAUGACCCCGCAGCACAGAAAAAAACACGAAAACCUUUUGCAGUAGUCCCUUGUAUUCAUGGUAUCACCCACAAAUUAAAAAAGAUUGCAAGCCAAUAAGAUGUACAAGUGGUGUGCUCGGCACCGAAUAUAGCCUAUUCUAUGUGCCGCAGGGCGAACCAGGCACGAGGCAACGUGAAAAAUGUAUGUGGCACAAAUCAUAGGACGAAAUACGCCCCGUCUGAUGUGGAAGUGAUCUGCAACAUUCCCUUAACAUGCGGCCGUCGCUACAUUGGAGAAACGGGACAGUGCAUCAACGAAAGAACACGGGAACAUGCAAAUAAUCUUAAAAGCUCGACAACAGGACACCUAGCCACCCAUUGUCGUGAAUGCACGUGCAAUGCAGAGUCUUGGGACGCCACAGAAACGAGCUCGCACGGGGCCCUGGCCAUAGGAGAGAAGAAAGAAAAUUGCAUUAGUUCCCCAUCAAUUUUGCUAUACAACAGAAAGAAAAUA